AAUUGUUCUUUCUUGAGUAUAGAUGUGACAUUUUUAUCUUAAUAUGACUGAAAUACGACCACUAAAUGAAGAAUUAAAAGCAAUUGCCAAGAAUGAGUUAAAUGAAGUUGAGAGUCGUAUAGUUGAAGAUAUUUCAACACUAAGAACAUGGAUCCAAAAACAACCACAUUUGAGGGCUCGUACAGAUGACCAAUUUUUAGUAACUUUUUUAAGAGGCUGUAAAUAUAGUAUGGAAAAAGCUAAAUCUAAAAUAGAUUUUUAUUAUACAAUCAAAGCCUUAAUGCCUGAAAUAUUUACUAAUUUUUAUAUGAAUGAAGAAUUUAUUGAACUUGGACGUUUAGGCUAUUUUGUAGCACUCCCGAAUCCACUUGGUGGUAUUGGUGGCCAACGUGUACAUUUAGCAGUUUAUAAAAAUGUGGAUCCAAAUAAAUAUCUCUUAAGUACUUUGUUUCGCUAUUAUAUACUGCUAGUGAUUUUUAUUGAUAAAGCAGAGCCAAUGCGCGUGAAAGGAUUUCAUUUCGUUAAUUGUCCAAAGGAAACCUUAGCAAUAUUAAGCAUUGUAAGAAGUUUUUUAAGUGAAAAACUAAAGCAACGAUUUUUCAUUCAUAAAAGCCUAGAAGAUCUUUAUAAAGUAAUACCAAAGGAGAAUCUACCAAUUGAAUAUGGUGGUAUCAAUGGUUCUAUACCGGAGAUUCAAGCAGAUAUGGAAAAAAAACUUUUAGACUUUAAUAAUUACUUCAUGGAAGAGACAAAGUAUGGAGUAGAUGAAAAAUUAAGAAUUGGUAAAAAAAUAAAUAGUGAAACUCUCUUUGGCAUUGACGGAUCAUUUAGAAAAUUGAAUAUUGAUUAACCAUUUCUUUUUUUUAAUAGAAUGUAAAAGUUAAUAGACUGUUGUAUUUCUUUGAACUUUGUAGUUUUGUUUAGUUUUAUACCAUUUAAUAUGUUAAAUAAGUUUUAUAUA